GGUGGCAGUCGUGGGAAGAGCCCUGGCGUGGGAAGAGCCACAUCUUCAGAGCGGAGGAGAAGUGCCGGGGCUCAACGCUCAGGUGUGCCUGGAGGGCGGGGGCUUUGGACCAGGACUCCCAGUCCUGGGGCCCUCCUCCCUGGGUGGCCUCGGCCGCUCCUCCCCUCCCCCUCCCCUCCUCCCUUGCGCGCGCUCUCCGCCCCCCGGGAGCUGCGCGUCUCUCUCCGUCUCCCCAGCGGAGGAGGCUGCCGCAGCAGAAGCAGAAGCAGCAGGUGUCUGCCUCGUCCUUGCUUCCUCGCCCUUGCCUCCACUCUCUCUGCCUCUCGACUGCGGGGCUGCGGAAGGGGCCAUGGGAGAGGCGCCCCCCUUGAGCCAGGGCGGCGUGGCGGGCUUCCUCCGGGAUCAUGACGAGCGGGCGCGCCGCGGGGAGGAGGAGAAGGAGGAAGAGGGGGGUCCCGUGGCGGUGGUCCGAGAGCAGGAGGGGGGUCUGAAGAAGAGGUUCCUCCUGGGAGGCACCUUGGGGACACCUGGGGAAGGCGACGUGGCCGAGGAGGAGGAAGGAGAAGGGGAAGUGAGCGAGGAAGAGGAAGAUGAGGAGGAGGAAGAGGAAGGCGCAGCUGCCCCCGAGGAGGCGCCCCCGCUGCUGGUGUCCCAGCUGAAGAGCCUCUUCCAGGGGGAGCACCCGGAGGCGCCUAAGCUGCCCCAGCCCCGCCACGCGCUGGGCGCCCCCGAGAAGCCCUGCAUGCUGCCCGUGCGCUGCCCGCCGCCCGCCCCCAAGAGCCCCGCGCCCAAGCGGGAGGCCUUCCUUGGGCUGCCCGGGCCCUCGCCUUCGCCCGGCGCCCCCUCCCCCUCCCCCUCCCCGCCGCGGAGGGCCCUUCCCCGCUCCCCGGAGGGCGCGGAGCACGAGUGGCUGGUGCGCGCCACGGCCGGGGAGUGGAGCCCGCAGCUGCACGGGCUGCUCCUGCGCGACCGGAGCCUGGCCAACAAAGGCGACUUCCUGACGGGCUUCACCGUCCUGCACUGGGCGGCCAAGAGCGGGAGUUGCGAGACGCUGCGCAAAGUGCUGGAAGUGGCCGGGAAGGGCGGCGGGCGCGUGGACGUGGACGCCCGCUCCCACGGCGGCUACACCCCGCUCCACAUCGCGGCCCUGCACGGGCGGGAGGAGGCGGUGGCCCUGCUGGUGCGGGAGGGCGGCGCCCAGGUGGGCCUGCGCGACUACAGCGGGAGGAGGCCCUACCAGUACCUGCGCCAGGGCGCCUCCUUCGCCGCCCGGCACCUCCUCCGCGACCCCGGCCUCCACGCCCACGCCGCCCACGCCCUCGCCGCCAGGAAGAGCCCCAAGGUGGCCGCCUCCAUCCUCAGCUCCACCAGCACCGUCCUGGGACUCUUGUCCGACGACACCGCCUUCUACGAGCUCACCAAAGGCCUCAAGAAGCCCGCCUCCUUCAACAAGUUCCUGACCGCCGCCACGGCCCCCAGGAGGAAGAUCAAGUCCAGGGCCACCUUCUCCUCUUACUCCUCCCUGGCCGAGGCGGCGGCGGAGGAAGAGCCCGAGGAAAGCGCCGCCACCACCAAACGCAGACCCAUGUCCGAGUUGUUCUUCGGUCACUAGCCCUGCUCAUGUCCAAUGUGAACACCUAGUUGGGAAUAUUAGCUGGUCUAAUCCAAGGAUGUAAAGGAGAUGCUCAGUGCGAGUGUAUCAGAACAUUAUAUUUGGCCAUAGAUAAAAGGUAAAGGUUUUCCCUGACGUUAAGUCCGUCGUGUCCAACUCUGGGGGUUGGUGCUCAUCUCCAUUUCUAAGCCAAAGAGCUGGCAUUGCCCGUAGACACCUCCUAGGUCAUGUGGCCGGCAUGACUGCAUGGAGCGCUGUCACCUUCCCGCAGAAGCGGUAUUGAUCUCACAUUUGCAUGUUUUUGAAUUGCUAUGUUGGCAUAAGCUGGAGCUAAUAGCGAGAGCUCACUCCACUCCCCAGAUUCAGACCACCAACCUUUAGGUCAGCAAGUUCAGCAGUUUAACCCUCUGUGUCACCGGGGGCUCCAUAUUUAGCAAUAGUAUGCCAAAAUAUGAACUUUUAUCUCACAGCCUUUUCAGUCAGAAAAGUUACCCCCGGGUCAUUGCAUGCUAAGUGGUCUAAACCUUCCCAACAUCAUGUCUCCAAUUUUGUUCAAAUUUUACCUCUAGCGCCAGUCAGGUGUUAAACUAUGUUUCCCAAAAUUUGAGGUCUCUAACUGCAAGAGUUGCUGAUCUAGACCCCCUUAUCUGAAGGGUAGUCAGCGUGUGCACAACAUUUAAGAAAAUGCCAUUUCAGGGGUCUAAUAAUGUCACAUUGAAACCAGCAUCCCCAUCACCAUAGGGGCCAUGUUUGAUAGCUAUGCAGUAACUAGCAAGACCAUGAGGAUGCAUAAAGCAUAAUGCAUAAAUUCACAAAAUAUAACAGUAAAUGGAUACUUAAUGGUUGCAUUGCAAAGCAAAAAAACAUAUCAGUCUUGUAGAGCAAAAUUUUCUUUUUCAGAUGAUCCUGUUCACAAGCAUAUUCAGGUACAUGCUUUUUAAAUAAUUGGCUUUAAAAUUUGCUAGAUUUUACCAUUUGCGCCAAAAGUACCAAAUUUGAAGAGAUCCUGCAGAGCAGUUAUAGAUGCUGGGUAGUUGCAAAUCUGGCAGUAUUAUGUCCCGCAGAAGCAUAAUGCAUGGUCAAAAUUUCAAGUUUGUGUCUUCAUUUGCAUGGAAAUUGUUGCAGUCUGAAUAUUGGUCAAAAUUUGUCACCACACAUUUUGAUGCACACUUUGAGUCAACUUGUUCAACUGGAUUUUACAUCCAUAAUGUUAAAAUAAAUUUCAUCAGAAUCAGAAGAAAAAACUGUACAGGGUUUCAAUUUACUAGCCAUUUUUAUACAUUUUGUUCCAAUUUUAUUAGACCACAAAAAUGGCAUUUUCUUAAAUGUCGUGCACACGUUGACUGACUAUCAUACAGGUAAAGGGCUCUGAUCAUCAACUAUUGCAGUUAGAAAUCUCAAAUUUUUGGGAAACUUAGUUUAACACCUGAAGAAUAUGGUGGUGGGAACUUUUUAAAAUGUAAGACCACUUGGCAUGGAAUAGCCCCCACAAUUAAACUAAUUUGAAGUUUCAUAAAGUCUUUGGUUGCUUGGUUGAUGUUAGUGAGUAAACUUUAAUGGUUCGCUUAUGCUGCAUCAGCUUACAGUACUUUGUGAUGCGUUCAGUGGAAAUUCAUUGAGUGAGCAAGGCUGCACACCUGUUGACUCUUACCUGGGAGUAAAUGAAGCCCAAAUCAAAGAAUGUGUAAAUAUGCUAGGAUUAGACUGAGAUGCAUGAGUAUAAAACAGUGCUUUUUGAAACAAAAACAUCACGUUUAAUUCAUUGCAUGAAGUGUUCUCAAAAACAGGACAUUUGACUGAAAGUCUUUGAAAAAUUCUGAACUGAGAACAAAAAGUGUUUUUGUGGGUUUGUAACUUUCUAGCCAGCUCUUCUAAAGCAGAUUAGUUUGUUAAGGAAAAGAAGGACUUCCCUCUCCAAUGAAGUGCCAUUUUCUGUGUUAGAAAUGUCGAGCCCUUUGUGUUGUAGUUUUUGCUGGAGACAGUUUUAUGACAAGCACCUUCUCAGAAUAUCUAUGAUUCCUCCGGUUAAAAGGAGAAAAUUAAGAAACUAUAGAAAUGUGCACUCUAUUUUUAAAGUGGAAGGAAGAAAUGUAAAAUGCUGCUUUUGUAUCAAAGUUUUCUGUAUGAUUGAAGAAGGAAGACAAAUGUCAAGAUUUAACUUUUUUUACAAAAUCUAUAUAUGCCAUCUACUUAGUAGUGUAUCUACCUCAGUGCUAUUGUUAUUUGGCUAACUCAGUUACAUCUUUUAGGUAAAAUCUAUACAAUGCUUACUGCAGACUUGCAAAUUGCUGUGCUCUGAAUGUAGUGACAGCUUGACAAAGUGUGACAGAAGUCUCUGCUCUUCUUUGGAAUCAUUUUUGAAUAGUGUAGUAGCGGGAGAAAAUUUAUUUGAGGAACAUAAUAAUGGAAAAAACAAAACAUAGAGUUCAUUGAAUGAACAUGGAAAUGUUUUUGAUGUAUUUGCAAAUGAUUACCUUUUAAAACAAGUUUGGAUGUAUUGCAUGUUCCAUCAGCAAACAAUGCUUCUCUUAGUAGUAUCAAUAAGUGGCUAACAGUAUAAAUGGUGUGCAUGUCUCAUGAGAAGUACGUUCACUGAGUUCACUGGGUCUUUGCUCAGAAGUGUGUCUUAGGCUGCAGUUUUGAAAUAUAUGAAAUGCUAUCUUUGGACAGUUUAAAAAAAAUGGAAGCUUUUUGUAAAAAAUACUUUUGGUGUAAUGUUUGAUUUCCUAAAGUUAUGUUUUGUUUGUAAACACAGGGAGUAAGCAUUCCAUUUCGUGAAUUCAGAGCUGUUUGAUUUAAACUGAUUUCAAUACAAUUGUCUAUUCAGUGAUUCUGUGUAGGGACUUCCAGCCUGUUUUUACCAUGAAGUACAUUCAAUUUAUCCAUUCAUUCUUAUAUGACUGUUCACUUGGAGUUAAUUUGCCUGCACUUAACUAGGUAACAGAGGCACUAAGAAACUGGGUCCCUGAGCUGCAAAGAUAUGAAAAAGGCUCCAGCCUUGUUUCACAUCUUUGCAGCUCCAAUCUUGCUGAACACUCCAGUGUUCAGUGUGCAUUAGGAAUGCCCAGUGUGCAUUGUGUUCCUGAUGUGCAUUCAGGUCUUUAGUACAUUAAUGCCAACUGGCCUCCAUCCCAUUGAACAGUGGUUCCUUUGCCAGCUCAUCUCCAUAGUUAUAUAACAUCAGCCCUGUAUUGGAUAUGAACGUUGCACAUCUUCACAAUUCUGUUUCCUGCAGAUGCGAGUCCAAUUACAAGCAUGCGAUGCUUCAACAGGAUUCCAGCCCACAUUUAUAAACUCUGCUGGGUGAGCUUAUAAAACCAAGAUCGGCUAUAUAUAGCUUGAUCUGUAUAUAAUCUAUUUCACCCAAGAAAAUAUUGGUUGGGAUGACAACAGGUGGUGGUCUUAGGAAGAACUGCUGGUGCCAUUCUGUUUCCUUCCACUGCCUUACUAAGUCCUGGGCAUUCUGUGUACACUUGCUUAUAUAAUACUUUCUCAGCCACAACAAAUGAUGUGUCAUUAGAAAACACAUUAAAAUAGUUUGCUUGUCAAUAAUUUUUAAAUAUUUUAAUUUCAACAGUCACAUACUACUGGAUAAUUCUGAAAUUGUUUUCAAGGUCAAGUUCUUUUACUGUUGAAGUACUUGUUUUUUUUCUUUGACUAUGUGUGUGCAUGCAUGCAUAAUAGUCUUUAAUAAAGCAUUUCAACAAGC